AGGACUAAAGUGCUGAAUUUCAAGGAGGAGGGAUAAAUACCUGCAGCUCAUUUACGGCACACAUACCUGUUUCUUGUUACUCAUACAGAGCUUGUGUAAUACAGUUUCAGCAGGAAUGAGCUAUUCAAACACAGCUCUGCCAGUCCUGUUUCUGUUGGGCUAUACACUUUUAUACCUAGAUGUCACUACAGCUUAUGUUCGAACAAGAUGCCUAUGUAUUAAAAAACUGGAUUUUGUUUGCUGGAAGAACAUAGACAGCUUUACUGUAAUUGAAAGUGGACCCCACUGCACACAAACAGAGAUUGUGCUGACUGUAAAGAAGAAGCAUGAAGUAUGUCUGAACGCCUCAAAAAAGCAAGGCCGGAGCCUGCUGAAAUGCUGGAAAAGAAUGCUCACUGAUUCAGAUGGAAUUCAGAAGUGCAUCAAAAAAUUUCAAAGAAGAAUUGCAAAGAAAAAGAAGAACAGGAGGUCAAGGAAAUGCAGAUGAUGAAGCAUUAGAGGAGCCCAGCAUUUGCAGGACUGAAAAAAAAGAUGGUGUGUAAGGUAAAGCACUGUGCCUUCUCUGGAAGCACAUGAUCCGUUCCCUGCUAUUACCUACUAUGCUGAAUAACAGACAGCAUUGACUUAGCGACGUGAGCUUUGCAAUACUUUCAUACCAGUUCUUUACCUAUUGCAGAGUAAUACUGUACAUGUACUAACUCAGUAUACCUUAACUUCACAUGCAUUGUGUUGAAUUUUGCAUCAAAAUCUUUUCUGUGUCUGGAAACUGGAGAACUGUUCCACACCUAACAAACUGCUGCUUUGAACACAUUAACAAGUUAUGUUUUAUACUAUUAACUCAUCAGGAAACCAUACUGUUAGCUGAUAGAAUAUAUUCUGAAGGGGGUAACAAUCAGAUUUGGAAACCAGCAGGCUGAUUUCACUAUAAUAUGCCAAGUUUAGAGAUGGGUAGGGACUAUCCUUCUAAGUGAUGGUUGUAUACAGUAUCCAUUUAAUAUAUCCCACUACAUUAUUUUAUGAUUUGCAGCAGUUUCUUGAAAUCCUAUGAGAAAGGUAUGCAAAGAAAUGUUGCUGUUACCACAAUACCUGCAGUACUGGGUUAACAUUCUGGUGUACUGAGCUCCCUGGAGUCUAACAAACAGCGUGACCCAGGAUGAAUAACGAAUGUAGCUACAACUGUAUGCAUAGACAGAAUGAGUCCUAUUAUCUCUGCUUAUUUAUUAAAGUUAUUUAUAAUGUGCUUUAGUAAUGACUACCUUAUUCAAAUGGUAUAGUAAUUUAGAAAAAAAAACAGGGUGACUUAGAUAAACACAAAAAAAGUAACUAGUAAAAGUGGAAUUAUGACAGCAUGUUUACAAUUCAUGUGGCAUUGCAAAAUAAUUGCUGGAAAGAAAGAUUUGAUUUGAGAGAAAUAAAAAGGAAAUUUAGGGGUCUUAAGUAACAACAGUUUACAUGUUCUCUUUUAAAAUGUUUUAGUGCAUUGCUGCUAUGACAUUAGCCAAUCAUAAAGGGACUGUCCUGUUUUAUUGAAGAUAUAAAGACCUGUGGCUGGAAAUAUCGUGGGAUGGACUGUAUGAGGGCCUCAGCAUACAGGUAGAGUGAUCCAGGAAGGGGCAGCAAUGAUUAUAUUUAAGGAAUUACAGAUAAAGACAAUAUGAUGGGUGGAUGUUAAGUAUAGAAAGAUAGAACAGGAGUAAAAAAUUCUUAGAGAGUUCCUGCUAGUAAAACUGGACUACAAGUAUGUGAGAACAGUGUCAGUGGUCAGUUUAGUACUAAUAUACAUGGCCGGGGGAGGGGAUGACCCAAUGGACUCACCGAUUUGUGCUCUUAGGAGAAAUAUAUUUGAUGAUUAUAUCCUAUAUUGGGAGCUACAUCUUAACAACAGGAGGUGGCCUAUAUGGUUCAGUAGUCAAAUAAAGGCUUAUGAAAAAGCCUGAUAAGAACAGCCUUCAGUCCAGGGAUGAGUGUAGUGGCUGAUAAGGACAGCCGUCAUUCAGUCCAGGGAUGAGUGCCCACUAUAGUAAAGGGGGUGACAAGAUAUGGGCUUUCAAAUGCUGAAAACUAGGGACCAGUGGAAAAUGUUGUCAAGAAAUGAAAGGCAAGAAGGAUGUGAUGAGUGAGUGUUGACGGGUAGUAUUUUUAGGACCAACGUGAGGCAAUGCUGCUACAUGGAAAUGGUUCUAAUACGUGGAAUGUAGUGCCAAUGAACAUGGCUGCCACAUUCACUAGCAGUGAGUUUUAAGUGAACAAGGAGCAAGAUGAAGAUGGGGAAGAGGACAAUAAGUAUGCAAAGCCAAAACAUUUAAUGAAGUAUGCUUGGCAGGCAUCACCCAUCUUUUCCCAGCAUUUUUCAUGACAUUAUCUUUAUGUCAGAUCACUUGCCUGUAACCUACAGACAUAAGUGUCACUAUGAAUAUUGAUACGAAUAUCCCUUAUAGGAUGGUCUUCAAAUAGUUAUUAUAUAGUGAUGAUCAAUGUAGCUUGUGGCCAUUAUUAAAAUUAUGAACUGAGAACCACAAUGAAUUAGUAUCCAAGAGCCUAGAUGUCACCAAUAAGUGAAUGGAAAUACUCCGUUAUCUUAAGAAGACUUUAUUGCAUUAAAAACAAAAAAACAUUAAGUGCUUUCACCCAGCACAAUGUGGGCUUCAUCUGAACAUCAUAAUUACUAAAUGCUGGUGCUUAAAUUCAAAACUUGGCGCCAAAUAUUUUUUCCUUAAAGGAACAUACACUUACUAUUCAUGCAACCCAUAUGAAACAGUAUCUACAUACAAAUGCUACUAAAUAUUCCAAUGUAUUACUGUAUACCAUAAAAUAAAAGUUAAUACCACCCUUGUUAUGUACAUUACUUAAAAAUAUGCAAUAAAUUAAUCUGAUAAUUCCUUAUACAUGAAUUGAUCAUACUGUUCAUUAUAAAGUAUUCGGUUAUAGAAUAUAUAAAUGCUAUUCAGUCAAAAAAAACAUGUAAUACCACUAACGCAUAUAUAUAAAUAAAAUACUUACUAAAAACUCUAUGCAUUCAAAAACCUGCUUAUAUAAAUAAAAAACAUUUCAAGUAUGUUGGCAAUAUACCUAAAAAAACAAUUUAUGAAUAAAAAAAUGUUUACAAUAACUGUGGUCUUGCUUAAAUUACAUAAAUAACACCUGUAGUCAUUAAAUAAUAAAAUAUAAAGUUUUUACUUUCUGUAUUGCUCUUUAUUCUAUCAUUCAUCUAAUGUGUAAAUGGAAUGGAAUAUUUAGUAGCAUUUGUAUGUAGAUACAAUGUUUCUAUGGGUUACAUGAAUAGUAUGCGUAUGUUCAUUUAAGGAAAAAAUGUUUGGCGUCAAGUUUUGAAUUUAAGUACCAGCAUUUAGUAAUUAUGAUGUUCUAAUGAAGCCCACAUUGUGCUGGGUGAAAGAGCUUAACAUUUUUUGUUUUUAAUGCAAUAAAGUCUUCUUAAGAUAAUGGAGUAUUAUUAAAAUGAAGUGGAUCCUAUUUGUGAGAAAUGAAACACAACUGUCCACAAAUGAAUUUAAGAAAAAUCAUAUCCUUAUGUCUGCUUUGUCCUCUCUUUUCAUAAGUACUCGUGAAAUGCUCCUUUUUAAAACUGUCUAUUAUUUUCAUGAAUUAUUUUUUAAUGUUGAAAACAAAAGCAUCUGAAAUGCUAUUACAAAUGUGCAACCUUGAGGAUUGCUUCCUAUAAGUUCCCUACUUAUUAAAUAUUUUAUUUAUUGCACUA